AUGUCAGAGGAUAGACAGAAAAUACUAGAGCAAAAAAGGCAGCGAUUACUUGAACUUCAGCAGAAAAGGGCAGCAUUAGAAGCAGCAAGAUCCAAAGCCUCUGAACACCAUGAAGUUCCAGCUGCUCCUCAAAAAAUUGAUGCUUCAACACAAACUGAUCUGACUGUGACAUACUCUGGGGGCAACACAGGAGGAGAAGAUCUUGAUUUCGCAAUUAGAGUAGGAUCCACUGCAGUAAGCCAAAGUGAACUUUUGGAAAACAAAGCAAAAAAAUCUGAUCAAAGGCAAGAGUUAACCCAUUUUGAUAAAGCUGUGCAGACAAUCGAUCUUGACCUUCAGGAAGAAAAUAUACUAGAAGCUGAUAGCAAAUUGAAGAACGAAACAAAGACUGGAUCUGCAGAAUUAUCGGAAAAUAAAAGUUUCAAUGUCUUAAAUGUUUCGGAGUAUGAACUAAAUCGAGCUAUAAUCGAAUCAAUCAAGACUAUAAACAAGGUCCAAAUCACAAGGAGUAUUGAUCUUGAACCUGUAUUAUCAAGGACAAAUUUUGAAAAAUCAGAGUUUAUUAUUGGCACACAUACCUUUUCUUUAGAACGCAACAUACAGUGUUUUGAUGUAUCGCCGCAUAAUCCGAACCAGAUUGUAGUUGGCUUUGAGCGAUCAAUGGAAUACAUGUACAGCGCAGUGCUUUAUGAAAUUCAAGAAAACACAAUACUUGUACCACUUCUGUAUUUCGUUUCCAUUUCCGAAAUAACUAUGUUGAAAUUUGAUACAAACAAGGAAGGAAGGAUUAUUGGAGCUUUGGCGAAUGGGGCUGUUGCUGUUUGGGAAGUCGAUGACUAUGCACUAAUGCUGGAUCCAGCAUUGAUAACCCACUAUUCGGUAUUUACAAUUGGUUCAGAUGAAGAGCUGUGGUUCCCACAUCGACGGAAAAUUGUUAUGAUGGAACAGAUACGUGUUGAUCAGAAUGAUUGUGUGGUGACAUUAUCGGAGGAAGGAGUAUUGAACUUGUGGUCGACAAAGAUUUUGAGCCAGCCAAGAUUUUCUCGGCGUCUCUUGGAUGAGAAUACGUUGAGAGCUGGUCUACUUGUGGAACAUGGUGUGUAUACAGGGCCCAAAGAUGUCGUUGGUGAAUUUGAGGCAAAAUUGAAGAUGGUGAUAGCUGCAAAUAAUGGGAAAUUGUAUAAUGAACAGUGGAAGUUGAUUCACGAGCCUAUGGAGGACAAUAGUUUAUUUGUAAAAACGUUGAACAAUUUUGGUAGUGCUGAUAUUGGUGUUGGUACACGCAAUGAUGGUGAAAGCAGUAAGAGCAGUACUAUUAGUAGUAGUGGUGGUGGUGGUGGUGUUGUUGUUAGUGGCUACGAUGGUCACGGUGGUUAUGGUGGUAAUGGUUAUAUAAUAAGCUCGCAUUUGGAUUGGCAUCUACGGAUUUGGAAGGAUUAUAAGCAAGAAGCAUUAUUCACUGUGCCAACAGAUUAUGUGAUUGAGAAAAUUGCACAACGGCCUCAAUAUCCAUAUCAAUUUGUUGCAGUUGGCUGUUUUGUUGAUGAAUAUGUAAUAACCUUUUGGGAUCUUGAGAGGAGAUUAUACAACCCCAUAAGGACACUUUUUGAAAACGUGGAAGAUGUGGAAUCUGUUAUUUUCAAUGGACCAUGGGAGCUAUUGCUUUGUCGCAAAAAUAAAGUUCAGAGUAUCAAGUUGAACAAAAAUUUUAAACUCUCUACAAAGAGGCGAAAGGAUGAAAAUAGAGGGAAAGGGUACGAAAAUGAGAACAAUCAUGAAAAAGCAAAUGAAGUGGAUGAUGUCGAGGAAGAUCCUUUCGAUCGAGGACUACUUGAAGAGAUGAAAAAAGUAAACAAUUUGAAUAAUUUUCAAGCAAGGCUGAAUUGA